CGGUGAAUACGCGGAUCUCGUUGAGUUUAUCCCUUCCAACGGCAGGUGACUAAGAAAUAUCCUCCGGUGAGACUGAGAAAUCACUGCCUACCUGCCUACUCGGUCUCAAUCCUCCGUCAGUAAACCCGAAGAUGUCGUUCAGUGUGGUGGCUAACUGCCUACUUAUUUUUAUAGCUUUAGUCAAUGGAAUGCCUCAGAAGGAAAAGGAUGAGUCUCCUCCAUUUCUUCAAUUUACUGACGGAGGAAUCCGGCUGAACUUUGGCGGGUAUCAUGCUGAAGCUGGACUCGGCGGUCUUCUACGUGGCACGGGUGGUGGACUUUAUGCGAGCGCGGGAACUCCGUGGGGUGCACACGCUGGCGCGGGAUUGGGCGGUCAAUUAGGAGGAGACGGCGCACCUCUUGGCGGCGGUUUGUAUGCCCGCGCUGGACUCGGCCGUGGUGCACCAGAAGCGGCGGCUGGCCUCGGCGGAAGACUGGAUGGCAGUAGACGGUCGCUGAACCCGAUCGCAGGUGGCUUGUAUGCAGGGGCAACUCCGGGCGGCGGUCCAGGACCGGGCGUGUUUCUCGGCGGUGGUCUCGACCAACCCGGAUUUGACGGGAUCAUAAGUGGCAGCGUGCCUAGCGAAGCUGGCUUAAAUCCACCUGCGGCUGGUGCGGAUGCGUCUACCACGCCGGCGAGUGCGGAUGCAGCUACAAAAGCGCCGAAGGGUCGCACGAAUAUACAGAUCAUACGUUCGAGGAAGGAGAAGGAGAAAGAGAAGGUGGUACAAGCUGACGCGACGGCACGAGCUGAUGCGCCUGCAAGUGAGAAGACCGAAUCGCGAAACAAGGAGACACGACGUGAAGUGCCAUACGCAGUCAUGGCACCCGCAGCGGAAGUGGGCCUGGUCAAAUCGAUCUCUGUUGGGGUAGCGCCAGCCGUGAAAACCGUCGCGGUGGUCCCGGUGCCUGCAGCUGCUGCAACCGCGCAAGGCGCAGGUCAUGCCACCGUCGACACAACAGUUACAACAGUUGCGAAUCCGAAUGUAGUCAUUCCAAAGCCCGUGCAUCCACGCUGGUACUUUCGAAAGAGAUUCUGGACCGGCCCUAGGAAAGCGGUUUACGUUGCUCCCGCAGCAACGGCUGACACUCAAGGCUCUCCUUCGGAAAUAGUCGGCGGACUCUUUGUCAACGCGGUGGGGGACGGCGGCGGCACGGUUGCCGCAGGCAAAACUUAUGCCGGCGGAUCCUUGUUCGAUGAUAUUUUCAACAUCCCGAUUUCUACGUUGUCCGCUGUUAACCAACUGCUGAAAAACAACGUCGGCUGAGACCUCACCGUGGCACACGUUACUGCUCAUAAAUCCACUUAAAAUACUAUAUACAUAUAAUAGACGAUUGCAUAAUAAUCGUCAUCGUGCAAUAUACACAGACGGAAGAUGGAAGACUAGGAGGUCCUUCGAAUAUAUUUAGCAAAUCCAUUUGUCGCAUAUUCAGCUCCUUUUGACGGAAGAUGUUUGUUCUGUCUACUUACAAAUGCUGUACACAUAUUAUGCCACCUCGUGGUUCUCUGUACGUGAUUAGAUUAUAUCGACCGGCGAUCCCGUGAAUACCAUAGUAUUUCUUUACCUGAAUCAUUUGCAAGAAAAGUCGCUGUACUAAUAAAGUUUUAUACUUAAAAAUUUAUUAAU